AUGGCUUCCUUCCCAUCUUUCGUCGAGUUCAACUCACCAUCUGCCGCUUCGCCUGCUACCAUGGCGCCUGGAUCCCAUCCUUCUGAGAUCCUUGCGCUUGAAGCAAAAUUGAACCACCGCGGCGUGACGGCUUUCUUGGAAGUUGGUAGAUUCUGGGAGAAGUACGAGAGGACCCUUCCCACUCAGUCUCCUUCUACAACUUCUAUGUCGGCCGAUGUCGCCUCCUCUUCCGCCUCCGUCACUCCAGCUGUCAACCCCUCCAAAGAAAAUCGUCGCUGCAAAAACUCCCAUUCGAAGCUUCACGUCUUGAAGUGCACCCACUUCAUAUUCACGCCUUCGGCUACUGAUUGCGCGCCAAACCGUUUGGCCAUGCAAAAUGUCAAUCCCCUUCCCGUAAACGUCCAGCCACCGGACUUCGGGUGCCAGAUUUGCGUACGCGCGGCACAGUCUAACGAUCUCGCUCUCCGUGAGCCAGGCAAGAACUGGACCGACCUAUUGCUGGAGCACAACUACGAUCCCGGCACCCAGUCUGGUCCUCUCGCUGGUCUCCGAACCUGUCACAUUGCUUACCUAGCGAGAGAUGGGACCAUUAUCCCGGCCAUCGAACCUAUCGACGCGGCGCUUAUCCGGAUUCUUUGGACAGAUCGCGUCCGUCUCCUCCAGCGUGCCGACUUGGAGUAUGGACCUGCUGCAGUUAGUCGUGCCCCGACUGGCAUUGACUCGACUGGAUUCAACUGGGACAUGGUUCCCACGCAACCUAGCGCCAACGCGCCUGGUGGCGGCUCGCGGGCUACUCGCGAUCGCAACCGUCGCCGUCGAGAGAAAGCGAAGACUGAUAGGCAGGAAGCAGCGGAGGCGAAACGUGCUCAAGAAGCUGGAGAGAAGGGCAAAGGCAAGCAGAGAGCGGACAAGAACGCGAUGGACAUGGCGAGCCCAUCAUUGGACUAUGGUGACGAGGCGAUCACGUACGAAGAGGGAUCAGAGGAGGGCGAGAUGCGUGCCGGUGGCCUUCUCUCACCAAAGGAGAAGAACGCUCGCCGCAAGAAGCGUGAGCAGCUGAAGAUGGCUAGUGAGAACAAGCGGAAGGAGUUGGAAGAGCAGAAGAAGCUGGAGGAGGCCCAGCAGAAGUUCCGCGAUAUGGCACUGAAGUAG